UAUCCUGGUGUUGGUCGAGAUUCAUAAAUUGAUGAUCUCGUUUACAGAAUUUGGUUGCAUCUGGGAUUGACAGGAAUAUAUGCAAUCUCAUUCUGUGAUACUAUUUCUUGUUUGAAUUAUUGCAAACACUCAAAUAUUGGAAAAUGGAGCUAGAAAUCAAAGCCAAUGUGCUGUUGUGCAAAGCCUGGAUAUUUUUUAUAAUAUUAGCAGCCAUUGAUAAAGCCUGUUCAACUGAAGCUGAAGAAAAUGCAGUGAAAAAGGCUGUUGUGAUUGACCUACCAAGGGUGACAAAAUGCUACCAAUGCUAUAAGAGCACACAUGGAGAAUCAUGCCUCACAAUGUACAACACAUCAUCACUUGGAACUGUGCAAUGUAAAAACGAGGAACACUACUGUCAAGUAAGUAGACUAUACACAGGUGGCAACCUGACAACAUUUGAGAGAGGAUGUGGCGUUAAUUGUAAACCAGGAUGUAAGGAAGUAAUGGGGCUAGAACGCUGUUUCACAUGUUGUAAUUCAACAUCAUUGUGCAACCGGGACUACUUUCCUGUCUCCGGGGCUAACCAAACAACACGGACUCUGAUAUUUAUCACCGCAGUAACUGGAUUAUCUCCUCUACUGACAUUAAUUCUCAGGAAUAUCCCGAGAAACUGAAUGUGAAUAUUUUAUUGACAGUUAUAUAGCUCAUUAAAAAAAAUAAACAUGGAUGAAAUAUAAAAUUUUGUUGAUUUUUUAAGCAUAUUUAUUCUUUAAAUAAUGACUAAAGAUACCAUUUAACAAUUUAAUAUAAAACUAAAACUGUAUGUUGCAGCUGAAGAAUUCUUGCAAAUAUUAACUUUUCCUAUCAUAACAAGAUGCUGUGGACAUGCACUUAGCACCAUCUAUCCUAACUAUCUCCUUAGCAAUGAAUUUCUAAUAUUAUAGGAAUAAGAUACAUGAUGCUAACUUUGUAUGCUUACCAACAACGUAACAUCAGCAACAUAUUGUUCAAAACAAAAAUAAAUAAAAAUAGUCUAAAAUUCUAAAACAACAUAAUUUAUGAAACAAAAAUGUUAAUUAAAGAAACAAUGGCUAAUUUUUGGUUAAUGAUUAAUAUAUUGAAAUUGAACUAUCAUAUUAAUUAUUGACACUGUAGUACUUUAAUAGUAAUGUUGCUCUAAGACUAACAUGGACAACACACAGUUUCUGUAAAUACAG